AUGGCAUACUUACCUGCACAGUCGCGUGAGCAAUAUUUUAUAACCCACGUCAAACCUUCAGGACCUUCCGACGAUCCAGUAUGUCCAAUUUGUUUCGAUGAUUGGAAUCCCGACACCUCUGCCAUUGUUCAGACUAUAUGCCGCCAUACCUUCCAUCACUAUUGUCUAACGAGAUGGUUAUAUGGAAUUGGCAGUGAAGCCUGUCCAAACACAUGUCCAAGCUGUCGUGCAGUGUGCUUUCCAAACCAUUCAGAACAGGAAGUCUACCAUGUCGACUUCGAUUUCAAUUCCGAGCUCUGGGCUGAUUCGAACUACGCAAGUAAUGAUACCUUUGAUGCCAUAGCUACACAUAUCGACGGCAUAGUUAGGCCGCUCCUGAGUCUCGAUACAAUCUGGGCGCGGUUCGGUAUUGACCUCGAAUGCUCGGAGGAUCCUUCGCGCUUCCUUCGGGCUAUGCGUCAUACUGUCUCUACAGUCGUCGCCGAAAGUCGAAUCUCGCCGAGUUCUCACGAAAGUUGGAUGUCUAUAUUGGCGCUCAACCUCAACGACCGGCUCACGGUUGAGUUUCUGGUAAUGUCACUAUUUAUCAAGACGCAGUGGGCGCUGAUGACACCGACACAAUGGGUCCAUAUACUUAGAGCACGGAAUCGAGUUGGGCGUGAUGCGUCCCGUUCGACAGAUUUCGGAACUUCCACAGCUACUGCUUGGUUGGAUCACAUCAAUGACCGCCACAAAGUGCGGUACGAACUCGAAAUCCCCCGUUACUUCGCAAACGCUACUGUUGCCCAUUGGAAGGAGACUAAUACAGCAGGUCAGGUAGUCAACGAAGGUUCUCACGAUUGUACAGCAAUUGACGGCAAUUCGACGACUUAUAUCAAUGUCCAAGGUACAGAUUUGAGUCCAGGGCCGGUAUUGUACUUCCGGAACGAAUUACUCUGGAUUUAUGAGAGAGUUAUUGGUAAUAUUGUUGGGUUUAACAUUGAUGAACACGCACGCGUUGUCAUUGUGCGUAGCUCUGCUGGUCAUACGUUCAAAGUACACUUCCUUCGAGAUGAGCGGGGUGGGAUUGCCACCACAACGGAACGUGAAGGUAUGCCCUCUGCAUGGGAUUGGUAG